GGAGCUUCGGGUGGCGCGAAAAGCAGGGCUCGGAAUGGAGGUACAGGAGAGCGGUUGCGGCGGGGCCGAGAGUGGGGCGCAGGAGCCCUCGUCUGUCCCCAGCAAGACCGCGGGCGGCGCCGGCCACUACGAGCUGCCGUGGGUUGAAAAAUACAGACCAGUAAAGCUCAAUGAAAUAGUGGGAAAUGAAGACACAGUGAGCAGGUUGGAGGUCUUUGCGAAAGAAGGCAAUGUGCCCAAUAUCAUCAUCGCUGGUCCACCAGGAACCGGCAAAACCACCAGCAUCCUCUGCUUAGCGAGAGCACUGCUGGGCCCAGCCCUGAAGGAUGCGGUUCUGGAGCUCAAUGCAUCAAAUGACAGGGGCAUCGACGUGGUGAGGAAUAAAAUCAAGAUGUUUGCCCAGCAGAAGGUCACCCUCCCCAAGGGCCGGCACAAGAUCAUCAUUCUGGAUGAAGCAGACAGCAUGACGGACGGUGCCCAGCAGGCCCUCAGGAGAACCAUGGAGAUCUACUCCAAGACGACCCGCUUCGCUCUGGCUUGUAAUGCUUCCGACAAAAUCAUAGGUGUCAGCUCUUGGAGUUACAAUCCUGAGCUGCCAGAGCCUAUCCAGUCUCGCUGUGCAGUGCUCCGCUACACCAAGCUCACCGAUGCUCAGGUCCUCACCAGGCUCAUGAGUGUCAUCGAAAAGGAAAAAGUGCCAUACACAGAUGAUGGCCUGGAAGCCAUUAUCUUCACAGCCCAGGGGGACAUGCGCCAGGCACUGAACAACUUGCAGUCCACCUUCUCAGGAUUUGGCUAUAUCAACAGCGAGAAUGUAUUCAAGGUCUGUGACGAGCCCCACCCCCUGCUGGUGAAGGAGAUGAUCCAGCACUGUGUGGAUGCCAACAUCGAUGAGGCCUACAAGAUUCUUGCUCACCUGUGGCACCUGGGCUACUCACCAGAAGAUGUCAUUGGCAACAUUUUCCGAGUGUGUAAAACCUUCCCGAUGGCCGAGUACUUGAAACUGGAGUUUAUCAAGGAGAUUGGCUACACGCACAUGAAGGUGGCAGAAGGUGUGAAUUCCUUGCUGCAGAUGGCUGGGCUCCUGGCCAGGCUGUGUCAGAAGACCAUGGCUCCUGUGGCCAGCUGAAUUGAGACAUCCUCCAUCGAUGAGACUAGGAGAGUCCUCGUCGCUGAGACACUUGGUCCAGCUUUCCCGUUGUGGGGAGAUGGGCCUCAGACUUCGCUAGAACAAGCUCACUGUGUUUCUGUUCUGUGAGAAUAGGGUCUCUUGUAGCCCUGGCUGACUUUGAACUCCUCCUGCUGCCUGAUGAGCACUGGGUUACAGGUGUGUCGUCAUGCUUGCUCUAAGCGUGACUGCAGAUGGAACCCAGGGCUGGUGCAUGUCAGCUGAGCUAUAGCCCCGCCUGUGCAUGACAGAGCUCUGGAAGAUUCCACAUUACUGCCAAUACGCCUCUGCUCUUCAGUAUCUGAAUUUACCCUUGGGCCCUGGACAUGGGGUGUGGUGGGAAGGCCCCAAUGUCCUCAAUCUUGGUGUUGUAGCUAAUAAAGAGGAUGUUUAUCUUGUAGCGAUUAA